AUGUUGCCAACCCAGGAAGAGCCGACAACCUCAGAUCUGAAGCGCUGCAUGAGCAUAGCAUGCUGUUCAAUGAGCAGUACUCCAGCAGUUCGCUGGCCAAAGGUCACUCCUUCCUCACCAUUUGGCUCCUUCCCUCAAACCGUCGUGGGUGCCGCUUUUGCCCUUCACUUUCAUCGAACUCACUCAUCUUCCGUCCCUCCACUCUCCGUUCCGUUCCAUCUUCCACGCGCCGCAAUAAUGCCUCCCAAGGCCCGCAAGACCAAGCAGCAGAUCGACGACGAAUUGGAAUUUCAUAUUGCUUCCGACUGGGCUGAUUUCCGCCGUUUCGCUCCCAAAAAGGAAAUUGUCUUAGACGAGGUUGUUCUCUGCUUCAACGAGGGACCUUUCUGGGGCUUCGAGAUCUCGAGCGUCCCCCAUUGGUACCUGGACUAUCUCUGCUCUGGCGGGGAGAACUUUCUGCUCUGGAAAGACGAAGUUUUCGCUACCGCGGUUUCCAAAAUGGGAUACCGCAAGGUCGACGCCCCUCCCAUUCAAGCCCCCGGAAUGCCUCCUGUUGCAAGCUUUCUCUGGCCCAAGAUCCCUCCAUCUGGUCCCUCAAAGACCACUCCAGAGACCGCCGCCCAGAUCGACAGCGAGCUGAUGCCGCCUCCGCCACGACCCAGGUCUGCGGCUCCCACUUUCGAUUAUUCGGCCCUCGCGAAGAUGGCACGCGAUCCCGCCGAUGAGUGCUACCUUCUCACUGCCGAGGAUGCCACUGAAGCGGCUACGGGAGGCCCAGGAUUGCAUCUGCAGAGCGAGCUUGACGUGAGUCCUCCUGAGACUAUGUGUGCGACUGACAUGACAAUUGCGUACAGCGGAGCAGGUCAUACGACGCAGCCAUCAAACGCAUACUGUUAG